UAUCACAGAAGCCGCACCUGGAAGCGUCUCGCGUUUGUUCUUAGUUUUGCUUUUCUCAAUCCCUAAAUUCGAUUCGAAGGUCAGGGCGAAUUGAAAUGGUUAUGUCGGCGAAUUUCUUCAAGUUGGACUCGCCGGAGUCUGACACGGAUGAAGAGAGGACGACGACGAGUAAGGUUGCGGUUCAAUCUCAAGGAACCCUCGCAGAGCCCAACUCUAUGAAGAAGAAAGCAAGUGUUGAAAAACCUGAUUCUGAUUCUGAUGAUGGUGGAAAGAAAUCGAAGAAGCACAAGAAGGUAUCUGGUGGUGAUGAGGAGAUAGGAGUCACUGAGAAAGCACUGGCCACCACUGAUGAUGAUGAUGGUAAGAGAGAUAAGGGAAAGAGAAAGCGUGUUGAUGAUGCUGAUGAUCUGGGAGAUACAGCACACACGCCUAAGACUAAGAAGAAGAAAACAAUUGCUGAUUCAGAAAACAGCUCGAAAAAGAAAAGUAAGGAGAAGAUGCAAAGAGAGGUUUCAGAGGUUGAAGUUAACAACAAUGACUGCACUAAAGACGCUAAUCAGAUACACACUGAGAAUCCAGAGGCUGGCUUGAAGAAAUCUGCCAAAGAUCCAAAGAAGAAGAGAAAGAAUAAGCAAAUUGAUGAUCCAGAGGUUGAAGGAGGCAACAAGGACGCACAAACUGAGGAUCCAGAGGCUGACUCGAAGAAGUCUAAGAAGAAAAGGAAGAAGAAGCAAACGGAUGAUCUAGAGGUUGAAGAAGGCAACAAGGACUCUACUGAAGAUGCAGAGAAGGCACAAACUGAGGAUCCAGAGGCUGACUUGAACAAGUCUAAGAAGAAAAGGAAGAAGAAGCAUUGUGAUGACCCUGAGGUUGAAGAAGACAACAAGGACUCUACUGAAGAUGCAGAGAAGAGAGAAACUGAGAAUUCAGAGGCUGACUUGAACAAGUCUUCAAAGAAGAAAAUGAAGAAGAAGCAAAAUGAAGCUCCAGAGGUUGAUGGAAACCACAAAGACUCUACGGAGGAUGCAGAUAAGACACAAACUGAGGCUGAAGAAAACGACUUGAACUCUCCGGAAAUUGCAAAGAAGAAAAGUAAGAAGAAGAAGAAGAAGAAGCAAAGUGAAGAUCCAGAGGCUGAAGUAAACAAGGAAAAAAGGAAGAAGAAGCAAAAGGGUAGUAAGAGUGGUGAAGUUCUGACCACCCCAUCACCUAAAAGCGCUAAAAAGGUAAACUUUUCUGACCAAGUUGAAGUUUUUCCUGCUGACUCUGAAGAAAGCGAUGAAGAAGAAGAAGAAGAAAAAGUUGAUCUGGUGAGGGGUAAGCGUUUUACAGAGGAAGAAGACGAGCUGAUCAAGAAAUCUGUAUUGGAAUACGUUGAUAACCAUGCUUUAGGAGACGAAGGGAUUAACAUGGUUAUGAACUGCAAGGCACACAAACAAGUCAGAGGCUGCUGGAAAGAGAUAGCCACUGCUUUGCCUUGGAGGCCAUACACUGGUGUCUACUAUCGCGCACAUACCUUAUUUGAAGAAGGAUCUAAAGGAGUUUGGACCAAAGAGGAUUUGGAACUCGUUGUACAGCACCAAAAGAAACGUGGCAACGACUGGAAAGUUCUCGCGGAUGCCAUGGGGAAACACAGGAACCAUGUGAAAGACGCUUGGAGGAGGAUUAGAUUGGCGUCCAAGAAGAGAGGACACUGGUCCAUGAAGGAGUACCAAAGCCUCUUUGAUCUUGUCAACAAAGACCUUAGGAUUAAAGUGUUCAAAGAGAAGCACUCGAAACAUGGGAUGCUGAGAGAUAACAUCCCUUGGAUGGCCAUAAGCGACGAGCUCGGAACAAGGGAUCAUGCCGUCUGCUGCAUGAAAUGGUAUGAUCAGUUGACGUCACCGAUGGUGGCAAAGGGGAUAUGGGCUAACGUGGAUGACUAUAGGCUCUUGGACGAGCUUACGAAUCUGGAUGCUGCUUGCGUGGACGACGUGGAUUGGGAUAAUCUGUUGGAUAAUAGAGAUGGAGAUGUUUGUAGGAGUCGGUGGAACCAGAUGGCGAAUCAUAUCGGAAUACCUGGAAGCAAAACGUUUGCGGAACAAGUUGAGAUUUUGUCUCAAAGGUAUUGCCCUGACAUAGCUGAAGACAGAGAAGAUUUUGACAACAGACCUUUUGAUCCUGAAGAUUAAUCAUGUCUAGUAAUAGUUUUAUCUGUUCCUUUUUGUGUUCUACUUUAAGGUCAAGUUAUGUUUGUGAGCUUGAAAAACUAUGUUAAGGUUUUGGAUCGUGAUUCUCUUUGCUUCUCUUUUUUUUCUUUGUGCAUUAAUGUCUAUCAAUCAUAAGAAUCUAGUGGUUGUCCAUAAAUUAUUUUUGUUCUAGAUA